UGGAAAAAAAAAUCCCCAAUAGUAGUUGUAGAACUACUAGGGUUCGUGUAGCUAGGGCUGUAACCAAAUUCCCCAAUUCAUCGAGGUUCGUGGUUGCCCCAUCAUCGGCCAAGAUCCGGCCGAGCCGCCAUGGACUACACCAACGCCAUCCAUAUCAUCCCGGACGCCACCGGCCCCGAGGCCUGGGCCAACUCAGCGGCGCCCCCGGCCGGGGACUCCGGGAUUUGGGCCACCGAGGACGACUACAACAGCCAGUGGAACGGCGACCCGGGGCUUGGCGGGGGCGGCUAUGGCGGCGACAGGAACUCCUCGCAGCCGCAGUCGAGGGCCGGCAGCGAGCAGCCGCCGCCGGGCAAGAAGCCCCGGGGCGGCGGCGGGCCGUCGGGCGGCGCCGGCGACGCGGGGAGCACGAGCAAGUCGCGCGCCAUCGGGAAGAUGUUCUUCAAGACCAAGCUCUGCUGCAAGUUCCGGGCGGGGACGUGCCCGUACAUCACCAACUGCAACUUCGCCCAUGGGAUGGAGGAGCUGCGCAAGCCGCCCCCCAACUGGCAGGAGAUCGUGGCGGCGCACGAGGAGGCGUCGGAGCAGAGGGAGGAGCACCAGAUCCCCAUCAUGACGUCCUCCGCCGUGGUGCCUGGUGACACCGCGUCCGGUAGGGCCUACAAGGGCCGGCACUGCAAGAAGUUCUACACCGAGGAAGGGUGCCCCUAUGGAGACGCGUGCACCUUCUUGCACGACGAGCAGUCCAAGGCGCGCGAGAGCGUGGCGAUCAGCCUGUCACCGUCGGUUGGCGGGGGCAGCUACAACUCUGCUGCUGCUACCGCUGCCUCUCCCAAUGGGCCUGGACCUACAAUUCUGAAGCCGUCGAAUUGGAAGACGAGGAUCUGUAACAAGUGGGAGAUGACUGGCUACUGCCCAUUUGGUAGCAAGUGCCACUUUGCUCAUGGAGCUGCUGAACUCCACAAGUACGGUGGGGGGCUUGUCGACAUUGACGGCAGAGACAUUGCGUUAACUCCGGACUCGAAGCAGGCUGCAGGAUCUGCAAAAACUCCGGCAGAAACUACUGCCGCAUCCACUGCGGCACCCCCUCAUGCAGACGUGUACCAUUUAGGAAACCAGUCGCAGCGUUCCACCUUGGCCAGCCAAAGGUCUGGGCAGCUACAGCGGCCUAUCCAGAAAUGGAAAGGCCCCGACAAGAUUAGCAGGAUCUAUGGUGACUGGAUAGACGAAACUGACUAGCAAGAGGAUCGCUGCGUCGUCGUCUUUAGCCAGUUUAGAAGUUUCUAGUGGGCAUUGCAAAAACCUGGUGCCAGAAGAGGUUGUGUGUUGUUAGACAAAAGUUGUGUUGCCGUGACUUGUAUCGUCUCUGUUGUAUGAAUGAUUGCAGUGAACUCGCCAUUGGGAGAGCUGUAUGGAUGGAGAGAGCUCUGGCAUUCUAGAUAUCUGGAAGUCUGAAGUGUGUGUUUCGUUCUUA